AUGUCCGACUUCAACGCCAUCGCCCAGCAGUUUGUCCAGUUCUACUAUGAAACCUUCGAUAAAAACCGCGCCGGUCUCGCUUCCCUAUACAGAGAGCCUUCCAUGCUCACCUUUGAGCAGACGCCAACCCAGGGAUCUGCUGCCAUUGUAGAGAAACUCCAGAACCUGCCUUUCCAGCAGAUACAACAUCGCACAGAUACAAUUGAUGCUCAGCCUUCCGCCGAAGAUGGCAUCAUGGUUCUUGUUACGGGCGCGCUCAUGAUUGGGGGCGAAGAAAAGCCAAUGAGCUUCACCCAGGCAUUCCAGCUUAAGAACGACAAUGGCAGCUGGUUUGUUCUCAACGAUGUUUUCCGUCUGGUAUACCCCGCUGCAUAG